CAUUCUGUAUCAUAUCCAUUGAUGAGUGACCUCAACUUGUUACGAAACGUGUUUACCGAGGCACGUCAUGUGUCGAUGAACGUUGAGUAGUGAUUUGUGAAGCUUCAAACACCACAAGUUGCGAUAGGCCUGUCGCUCUCACGAUCGUAAAAGGCUACGGAGAAAUUGGAUUAAGGUUUGGUAUUGGAAUAGCUUAUCAUCAUGGACAGCAAGAAGCACAGCGUGUUGUUCAUCUGCCUUGCUGCUCUGGUCUUGGCUGAGUUCAUCAUGACCCUCUUCGUCAACGCUCUGGCAGGAAUUGGGGCAAGCGGACCAGUCGGAUGGUUCCUGAACAACACUGGCGAGAUCUCCGACUUCUACUACGUUGAGAUCACACCAGCCGGUUGGACCUUCUCCAUCUGGGCUUUCAUCUAUACCUACCAGGCGCUCUUCCUUCUCUACACACUGACCGCCAUCUGUCGGCGCAACAAGACCGGUUACGUCUACCGUAGUCCUGCUGUUAUCACCCCGGUGAUGUUGGUGGUGUAUGCUAUCAACCUGGCCCUCAAUGUCACCUGGCUCUUCCUGUUUGACCGACAGUACAUGCCUGCUGCUGUUGUAGUGGCUGCUUUCUUGCCCACCACGCUGUGGAUCAUUCUGUUCAUCAACCACCGACUUGUGGAUAAGCACGGCUACGAUUUCGUGCAAACCAAGAGGGGCGAGCUUAUAGCCAUCCGUGCAAUUAUCCAGAACGGCCUGGUCUUCUACGCAACCUGGGUGACCAUAGCCACUCUUCUGAACCUGGCUAUCGUGCUGAGCUACUGGGGUGGGAUGGAGCAAUCCACAGCAUGCACCAUCUGUCUCUCGAUCCUACUCGUAGAGGUCCUGCUCUACUCGGUCCUUGAGAACAUCGUCUGGGACAAGUACCUUCGCUACACUUACACCGUCUGGCUGGUGGUCAUCUUUGCUCUGAUUGGAAGCAUCGCUCAGAACUGGAACGUAGCCAAACCCAACUCCAUCUUUACGGCCGUGCUGUUGGGCCUGGCCUUUGCCUUGUUCCUGAUCAAGCUGGUGGUCAGCGUGUGGCGGACUUUCUCGAAGCCGCUCUACACUGCACGGGUUUCGCAGUCCAAAGAAGAGCUGGCUAUGGCUUAGGCUUGGUUUUCCCGAACCUCGGCUUCGUUUCGGCUUCAGGAGAUUUUCAGGCUCGAUUUUGAAGAAUCCGAUUCACAAUUGGUCAAAAUUGGUUCGGAGAGUAUGCCUUCAUACGGCCGGAGUUUAGAGCAUUUCCAUUACGUGUAGACUUCAAUAGGCUUUUAAAAGAUCUUUGGAUCCAUAUUAUGAAGCUGAUGGAGCCGGAGACGAGGCCGGAAUUUGGGGAAUCGCCUCUUCGAAAAACUAUAGCGAGAGACCUAUCGCAAAUACUUACAAUAUCAAGAACAAUCCUCCGUGUCAUACUUUAAGCAUUCUGAAAAGUCACUUUAGGGAUUAUAUUUUUGAAGACAUAUGACUAUGAGUCCAGUGUUGUAGUCGAGACUGGAUAGUCCGCGACCAAGACCGAGACCUGAAGUUUCGAGACCAGUAAAAAGUGCGUGGUAUAUGCAAUCAACCAGAGUGAACCUUGUACCCUCGGUUUGAUCCAUUAAGACGACAAUAUUUUGAGAGAUAUGGACAAAUUUUAAUCCUUCGGGUUAAGUCCAACAUUCCAUUUUGUUUUACGUGUAUAGGCUUAUAUUCACGAGGACCGUUUACAUUUCCUUCAGUAAAUUUGGAAGUUCGGAGCACUUGGUUUCUUUACGUUGUAACACGAUUCAGAUGCACACAUAUCCACAAACGUCAAUAGAAGAUCUUAUGGGCUUGAUACAUCACGAAGAACUCUGAGUUCUACGAUUUUCAUAACUUGUACAUAGUAUAUUCGACAGUCUGCGGAAUUCGUACAAUCCAAAACAAGAUGGAGCAAACAUGAUUUCUAAGUUUCUGAAUUAAUAGUAACAGUGUAACAAUAUGUAGUUUUUAAAGGUUUUCAUAUUUUUAAAUACUUUUAGUUUUUUUAAUGAUUGUUUAGCGUCUUGAACGUCAUUUGAAGGAUUUGGCGCUAUAUAAGAUUAUUAUUAUUAUUAUUAUUAUUAAAAGACUGAUUUUUUUUUAACAAGAACAUUUCUAUUUCGUUGGUACAUUUGUACUCUCAAGGAUUAUCGCCAUCAGCGGGUUGUUUAUCUUGAAGUGCAAAAGUCGAAAGGAAAAGGUGGAGGAGGGUAUGAAGCGAUUGGAUGGCAAAUUAAAUUGAUUAUAAUGGGUGUUGCUAUUUUUUUGUAUAUGCAUAUUUAUCUUGUCAAAACUUGUCAGUCGGAAUAAAUGACUUUUAAUAUCACUG